AUGGCACCCACUCAACAUGUCAUUCCUGCACUCUCUUUAGAAUUGAUUCGUCAGUCUUGCAUGAAGCCUCACUCCGGUUUCUUCAAGCGCGGCUGUCAUUCACUCUACGUUUGUUUAGAAUAUUUCAGAUAUGCAGAAGGAAUAUGUGUUGAUAUUGUUCAAGGUCCUCAGAUCUCACAUGUUGCCUCGACGCGGCCGGGCGCGAGGAGCCCCAAACCCCCUGGUCAUACCAGUGUGAGUUUUGCACCCAAGGAGGAGGCGCGCCGCUCUCCUCAGAUAGCGUGUCUAACCUUUGACUCUAAGGUGACUAACAACACUUAUGAGCGUUAUACGGUUGUAAGACUUACAACUUAUGAGCAUUAUACAGUUGUAGGACUAAGAACAUAUAGGCGUUAUACAGUUGUAAGAUAUACAACUUAUGAGCGUUGUAAAGUUGUCACUGCUGACCCGACCACAACACCGUCAGCCCCCGACACUCCUCUUCACCCGACCACAACACCGUCAGCCCCCGACACUCCUCUUCACCCGACCACAACACCGUCAGCCCCCGACACUCCUCUUCACCCGACCACAACACCGUCAGCCCCCGACACUCCUCUUCACCCGACCACUACACCGUCAGCCCCCGACACUCCUCUUCACCCGACCACAACACCGUCAGCCCCCGACACUCCUCUUCACCCGACCACUACACCGUCAGCCCCCGACACUCCUCUUCACCCGACCACAACACCGUCAGCCCCCGACACUCCUCUUCACCCGACCACUACACCGUCAGCCCCCGACACUCCUCUUCACCCGACCACUACACCGUCAGCCCCCGACACUCCUCUUCACCCGACCACUACACCGUCAGCCCCCGACACUCCUCUUCACCCGACCACUACACCGUCGGCCCCCGACACUCCUCUUCACCCGACCACAACGCCGUAA